AUGAAAUCAUUCGAGAUGUCGUCGGACAACCAUUUCGUGGGCAACCUCGGGAACCGCAACUCCAUCUCCGUCUGCCUGGUUGUCAAAGAACACUGGGACGCGUACUCCCAACAGGCGGCUUGGAGCCGCGCGCUCGUCACCCGCCUCGACCUCGCCGGCGGCGAGCUCAAGAUCCACGGCGCCACGAUCCGCGGCCAGCUUCUCCGCGACCUCGCGGCGGACCUGUACCGGUACCAGUGCAGGGUCAACCGCGACGGCUUCUCGAUCCGCCGGGACUCCGCCAACGGCGAGUACCGGAGGCUGAACGAGAUGUUCCCUUGGUACAAGUACGGCGUCACGCCGCGGUUCGAAACCCCGUGGGACCGGCUGGAGCUGUCCAACGACAGGAAGGUGAUCGUCGACUCGAGCGGCGCGAAGGCCGAGGUGGAGGGGAUGAGGAGGAGAGAGGAGGAGCUGAGGAGGGAGAUUGGGGAGAAAAUUAGGGAUUUGAAGGAGAAGGAGAGGGAGUGGAAGGGGAAAGAGGAGGAAUUGAGGAGGGAGAUUGGGGAUAAUGUUAGGGAUUUAGAGGAGAAAGAGGAGGAGGUGAGAGAGAGAGACGGGAAAUUGAAGGAGAAGGAGUGUGAAUGGGAGAAGAAAGAGGCCGAGCUGAAUCGGAAGAUUGAAGAGAGGGAUAGGGUUUUGGAAGAGAAGGAAGGUGCGUUGAAGAAGAAAGACAGGGCGAUUCAAGGCCUCAAGAAUGCGCUGGCGGCAUUGACAGAGCCGUAA